UAGCACGCCAUGCUCGGCAGUUUCCAGACUCCCACAUCCCCAGGUCUUUCCCUCUCCCGUAUCUCAAAAAGAGGGAGCAAUGGCAGCCCCAGCGUCACGGCACUGUUCCCAGUAAAGAAGCCCACUUCCACUCCCCCGCGUUCUGCUCUUCGUCUUCUUCCCCUCAAGAACAUCUGUCUCUUGACCUUUUCCUCCCUUGGUUCAUCCUUCUCUCCCUCCUUUUCUUGAUUCUUUCUCCGUAGGAUCUUUUGCUAGUAGCCUUGCUUCGUGGGCUUGCUUGCACGAACGGCUUCUUGCUGCGGCGUGAAAGGGGAGAAAAGUGGAGCAAGGGAUGGGUUCUUGCGCUUCGCUUCACAAGGACCCGGGGCUCCCCAAGAAGCUGUUUCUUGCGUCGCCCCACAAGGCGAAGGACGUGAACGGGAAGGGCGGCGGCGGCGGUGUUGCUCCGGUUGGUGAUGGCUUUGGUGAUCUCAAGUGCAAGGCCGAGGGGGAACAGCGGCGUGCAGGGUUUGAUCCCAAGAGCCCGGAUUCUGGUAGCAAGGAUGAAAUGUUCUUCGAAUCUCGAGCUUGGUUGGAUUCUGACUGUGAGGACGACUUUUACAGUGUGAAUGGAGAUUUCACUCCAUCUCGUGGCAGCACACCAAACUAUCAACCCAGAACGCAGACAGUGAUGACCAACGUCUUUCUACUGGAUAGCGUGCCUAAUUCCAAAUCAUCUGAGCCUUCUCCAACUGGACGGAGGAAGCUAGCCGAGCUCCUGCAGGAGUCGAUGCAAAACGACUCCGAAGAUAACACCGAUGUCAGCAAGAACGAGAAGCAGCAGUUGCAAUCUGUCGCCGCAGCUGGGAAGCAAGGGUCUGAAUCCAGCUCCGCUUGCAGCUCGGAACCGCCGCUGAUUACAGCAGCCAGGAAUCAGAAAGAGAAGGCGUGGUACACCGGGCGCUGUUGCCUACCGAGCUUUGUUCAUAGCCUAACCUUUGAGAGUGAGAGGAGGCAGAAGAUGAGCUCUGAGCCCUGUGCUGUUUGACAUUGCUGCUCCAGUUCCCCCCUGCUCUGAGCUAUAUUUAGUACCACAAUAUAUUACCUGAUCCGGCCCUGAAGUUACUGUAAAGAAGGGGAGUAUUAAGAGAGUGCUAUAUCCUUGUAGUAAUCAAGUGGAUAGUAGUUACUCCGAAAAUUGAUGUGCACACCAUGUUGAUCAAUUGCACGGGGGAGAGCAUAGAGCUCAAGAAAUUAUCCUUAUGUGUGUAUGUCUUAUUGAAUCUUUA